CCUCCCUCUGCUUCUCUUCAGUCUCUUCCCAACUCAGUCAUCUCUUAGUGCCACUGAGAGGAUCAGCCUUUCACCUCGGUACAGAAUGCCUUUUGGAGGAGGAAACAAGUGCGGUUGCUGCCAGAAAACCGUUUACUUUGCUGAGGAAGUGCAGUGUGAGGGAAAGAGCUGGCAUAAAUCCUGUUUUCUAUGCAUGGUCUGUAAGAAGAACUUGGACAGCACAACAGUGGCCGUUCAUGUGGAUGAGAUCUACUGCAAGUCAUGCUAUGGCAAGAAAUAUGGGCCAAAAGGCUAUGGUUACGGAGGUGGAGCCGGGACUCUGAGUAUGGACACAGGAGAAGGACUUGGAAUCAGUCCUGAAGUGCAAGUUCCUCAUCGCGCUACCAAUAACCCAAACACCUCAAAGUUUGCCCAGAGUCCAGCAGGCUCAGAUGUGUGUCCUCGAUGCGGGAAAACAGUGUAUGCUGCCGAGAAGGUUAUUGGAGGAGGCAAUUCGUGGCAUAAAGGCUGCUUUCGCUGUGCCAAGUGUGGCAAAGGACUCGAGUCCACGACCCUCGCUGAUAAAGACGGAGAGAUCUUCUGUAAAGGUUGCUAUGCAAAGAACUUUGGUCCCAAGGGAUUUGGCUUUGGUCAGGGUGCAGGAGCUUUGGCUCAUGCCCAGUAAAGCCUGAAGCAUUAGUCCACCUGGGAAUAACAUCUGUACUCUGAUAUCAUCACUUCCACAUCCUUCAGUCAAUAUUCAGCAUAUUUUACACACACAGCUUUUGGUACAGAUUCAGAUUUUGCUUUAUGUUGCUUUAUGUUGGGAUUAUGAUGUUCGUGUAUUGGAAUGGUUAAGAAGCAAAAUGUGAAAAAUACAUUUUAUGAACGCACUGAACUCUUUUGGAAUUGGAUGUGCACAUUUUGGGAAAAUGGUGGAAUACUAAGGGACACUUGCACUGUAAUAACAGAACUGAGUCUGGCAAAUGUUGAAUUUGAUUAAUAACUGAAUGAAUUGGUGUCUCAGCAAGAACUAAAUAUGAUCAACAUGUUUCAAGACUGACACUUAUGAGUAAACAGCCUCACAUCAUGCUUCACUUACACUCAAGAUAAAGCCUUCUUUUCUGCCUCACAUGUCAAAUGGUGUACCUUGUUUUAAGAUGUGCAUUAUCCUUGAGACAAAAUAAAUAUCAGGAAAACUAAAUAAAAUAUGAUGCAGUGCAUUUUUGGCGUGCCUCACACAACUGUCAUUGUUCAUUUUUGUGAUUCUAAUCUGAUGAAAUCAGUGAGUAUGUUCAUGCGGUCUUGUGCCUCUUACUCCUUGUACAAAUAAUCAUCAUCAAACAGAGAAAAAUGGCAGCUGCUGUGUGAACAACAGAGUCGCAGUGCUCUGCCCCAUCUCGGCCUGGACCGAAGAGUUGGCACCAUGACCACGGUGCCAGGCAGCUGUGGUCAUGGGAGGGGUGGGCUGUGAUUUGGUUUGGCACCAACUAUAUUAUGUGAGUCACAUCAAUGGCAAAAUUGUCUGAAAUCCAUGCAAAGAUGAAAGCAGAUCACUUCCAGAGCUUUCAUAUGUUUAGGUUAUUGGACAGACAUAAUAAAUAAGCGAAACAAAAAUGUGCUUAAUCUCCAACCUUGUAGACACCUUUAAAAGCACCUUAAAAAGCAUAAAUAUCAGGCUCUAAGAAUGAAAACACCGUGGACAUGGUUUUAUUCCCUUCAGUCUUUCCCACUAGAGGGCAAUAGAGAUAGAGAGACCUGAGCUUUCAGUCAGUCACUUGAAUGAAUUUAAAAACAGAGGUAUUAAUGAAGAUAAUAACAAUUUGGUUUUAAGAAGGCCUAUAGAAUUUAUUGUUCGUUGUAACAAAGUGUAAGUAUGUUUCUUUCGUCAUUUUGUGAAGUAUCUUGUUAUUUAUCAUAAACUGACCAUUUGCAAGACCAGUGGUUCCCAAACUUCUCACAUGACCCCUAAACUAACACAAACUACCGAGGAACAUUUCAUACUACCUUAUUUUUUGGGGCGACAGGUUAAGUUUAAGAAUUAAGCUUCGUGUUAUCAGCUCUGUGGUGCCCAGUACUGGAUUUGCUGAAAAGUUGAAGUUUUACCCUCUUAACUCUGGAAGACUGGAGCUCAAGCAACGACAGUUCUUUUAACUCUUUUGCAAACAAAGUAAACAGCAUGGGGUGGAUGUGGAAGGUUUAAAAAUGGAAAAUUUACACAAAUCUGCCUACUUUAUACAUGAAACACUAAUGACUGUAGGCUAAUGUUACAUAACUUGCAAGCAAGAUGUUCACCACAUAUUUAGGCUGGCAGAGUUCUGCUAAGUUAUUUUGUAUGUUUAAUGCAGACUGUUACAGUGUCCAUAAAAAGUCCUCACCUCCUUGGA